AGACUUACCAAAUUUACAGCAGUGCAUUGUUCCAAGCCGCUGCUAUGAACUUUCUUAAAUCAGCGGUCGCGUCUGCGAUAUCGCAAGGCCCUGCGUUUGGUUACACAUUUGGGGAUCGGGUCGAUUUGAACGACUCCAUCUGGACACUGCACAACGGCACAAAGCGAGAAGACGGCUCGAAAUGUAGCAUAUUCUCCUUCGACAUAACCGCCAACAAAUCGCGACUACCCCUCGCUCGCAAUGCGCUCCGCAAACUACGAACCCUGCGCCAUCCAGGAGUAGUGAAGGUCUUGGACACGGUAGAGACGGAGACAUAUAUCUACAUCGCGACCGAACGACUAAGCCCACUCAGCUGGCAUGUCAAGAGGAAGAGUCUGACAGAAGAGACUACGAAAUGGGGGCUACACAACAUCGCGAAGACGCUCAAGUUCGUGAAUGCUGAUGCUGCGUCGAUACACGGCUGCAUCCGCCCGGCAUCCAUAUUCUUCAGCGAAAGCGGCGAGUGGAAACUUGGCGGCUUCGAUGCGCUGAGCUCUGUGAAGGAGGACGAUUCCGUAAUACCGACGUAUGGCGGUCUCAUACCGGAUGCGGGACGGUACAUGGCUCCCGAGGUUUCGAAAGGAGGGUGGGAGGUCGUUAAGCAGAACCCGACACACGCCGUAGAUGCAUACAACUAUGGUAUCCUUAUCUUCGAGGUCUUCAACGGCAGCUACAACAGUAGCGACCAGCUAGGGCAAAUGAAGAGCAUCCCCCCAAGCAUGCACCAGUCAUACAAACGCCUCCUCAACCCAAACCCAAAGUCACGUAUGAGCGUGGGCCAAUUUCUGGAUCAGGGAAAGCGGAUAGGAGGCUUCUUCCAGACACCGUUGAUUCAGGUCACAGACGACAUUGAAAAUCUGGGACUGAAAGCUGAGGACGAGCGGAACGAGCUACUCGGGAAGCUCGAUGCGGUCGCGGACGACUUCCCAGCGGACUUCUUCAAGAUGAAGGUACUUCCUGAACUACUGAAGUCUGUCGAGUUUGGAGGCGGAGGUGCCAAAGUAUUCAGUACUGUCAUGCAAAUAGGACAGAAGCUUUCAGAUGACGAGUACGAAACUCAGAUCACACCGGUCGUUGUGCGGCUUUUUGCAAACCCAGAUCGAGGGAUACGGGUCUGCUUGUUAGACAACUUGCCGCUCAUGAUUGAUCAUCUACCUCAGAAGCUUGUGAACGACAAGAUAUUCCCGCAGAUGGUGACUGGCUUCUCAGACAUCGCACCAGUAGUGAGAGAACAGACAGUGAAAGCUAUUCUCACUGUGGUACCCAAGUUAUCAGACAGAACAGUGAAUGGCGAGCUUCUUCGCCAUCUAGCAAAGACGGCGAACGAUGAACAGCCCGGCAUUCGAACCAACACUACAAUCUGUCUAGGAAAGAUUGCGCGGAACUUGGGAGCUAGCAGCCGAGCCAAAGUCCUCGCAGCCGCUUUCUCCCGCUCGCUACGUGAUCCGUUCGUGCACGCUCGAAAUGCCGCCCUUCUUGCACUGGCCGCAACAGCCGAUCUCUUCACGGAAGAUGACUGUGCGACCAAGCUCCUUCCCAUCAUGUGUCCUUCAUUGGUAGACAAGGAGAAGCUCAUUCGUGACCAAGCACAGAAAAGUGUUGACAUUUAUAUUGCACGGAUUCGCAAGUUCGCUGCCACGAUGCCGGAUACCGUACUACCAUCACCAGGUCUUGCUGCUGGCGGGGGACCUACCCCACGGAUCGGAACACCUGCAAACGAUACCUCGUGGGCCGGCUGGGCUAUCUCAAGUUUCACGAACAAGUUAGCAUCUACAAGCGGCGAGAUGCAGGCCAACUCGGCAACCAAUGGAGCAGCGGACCAAAGAUCGUCCUCUGUACCGCCGGCUACCACAGCAACCAGCAAACCACCAGUUCCUGUAGCAUCAAAACCCGGAAUGACUCUCCAUAGCGCGAAGAGUACCGCAUCAAUUCCUACUAUCAAAUCGCCGGACCCAGCAGCGGCCUUCGACGAUGAGGCAGAAGACUUCAACAACGACUGGGGCGGCUUUGCUGAUGAAGAGGACAAACCACAGGAUGAGGAGGACCCAUGGGCUAUGCCUGCUGUAUCAAAGCCAGCAUCCACAACGUCAUACGAUGACAAGGGUGAGCCUGACUUCGCGGGAUGGUUGGCAGCUCAAUCGAACGCGAAGAAGCCCACGAAGAACGCUCUUCCAAAGGGUCUCACCAAAUCAGCUACGCCAGCAGCAAAGACAGUCAGACCGGCGGUAGGAAUCAGGUCGAGCACGACAGGAACGACGAGAAAAGUCAUCGUAGCGCCCAAGAAAGAGGUCAAGAAAGAAGAGCCAAAAGCUGAUGAAGAAGAGGAAGGCUGGGGUGAUGCGUGGGAUUGAUAAGGUAUCUCGCACAAGAUGUCGAUUGUUCAGCAUAGCGAUGGCGUCUUUUGAGAUGGGUUGCGCCUGCUAGAUCUCAUUGCAAGAUCGAAGUGACUAGUUUUAGAGAUUACAUUCUUAGGGAUAC